GAAGCAGUAGCCUAUAUCAAGAGCAGCAUCGGGAGGAGAACAUAUCAAAGACCACGGACAUCAUAACCAGGACCAAGGACAGCCAUUCAUUCAAAAAUUCACAAAUUGCAUCCAAAUAGAUUUUCAAGAUGCUGUCAUGCACAGAAAUUAUCACCAUGUGUCUCCAGUCUGCUAAGCAUGACAACCACAGGAAACAGCAGCAGCUCCUGCAGACGAACCAAAACCAAGGAAUCUCUAUUUUCCAAGAUAUAUUUCGCCGUGCAGACAAAAAUGACGACGGCAAGCUGUCCCUGGAGGAGUUCCAGUCGUAUCCUCACCACGGAGCAGAUGCAGGAGCUGUUCUAUUCCAUCGACAGGCAGCAGACUGACAACCUAGACAUGGACACACUCUCAGAAUUCUUCUCUCCACACCUGGGGGAAUAUCUGAACGUCCUGUCUGCUCUGGAAAAGCUGAACGUCGCCAUCUUAAAGGCCAUGGACACAACUAAACAGGAGUACCAGGGUUCGUCUGUCUUAGGCCAGUUUGUGACACGUUUCCUUCUGCGAGAGACCAACACCCAGUUGCAGUCCCUGCAGUUAUCACUAGACUGCACUAUGGAGGCUGUGGACGAGCAGAGCUGCACUGGCAGGAAGAUAAAGAAGCCAGAGGAUCUUUCCCUCCAGAGAAUCGCCAUACGCCCCAGCCGUCGAAUCCAAAAGGACCUGUGUCUCUCUCCCACAGACCCUUACUCUGGCAUGCUCACUACAGGUGUCAGUGUGGAGCCAGACAACCACCACUGGAGCUCAUAGACAAGCUGGAGUAUGAGAGUCCACAUCUGGAACCACUCAAAGAAGACACGUUAGCCGGCACAUAUAACUCGAACAUCCUGCUGGUGCAGAGACAGAUGUCUGUGAAGG